UCUGCCUGACGAGGUCUGCGGUGUGUGGCGCUAUCUGCUUGUGGCUUAAUGGCUCAGUAUUCUUUGUGCUGUCUUCUUGAACCUGGAAGACUCUACUGCAUUUCCGGAUGAUUUUGGCUAAGUGACCAGUGAGUUUUCCAGAGUCCUGCAUUCAUCCUACCCUCUUGGUGGGGAAAAGAUGCCUGGAGUUUAAUCUUUGAGGUUUCCAUGGAUCUUAAUAGUGCCAGCACAGUAGUUCUUCAAGUCUUAACACAGGCUACCAGUCAGGACACUGCUGUUUUAAAACCAGCUGAGGAGCAGUUGAAGCAGUGGGAGACACAGCCAGGAUUCUAUUCAGUGUUGCUGAAUAUUUUCACCAAUCACAGCUUGGAUAUAAAUGUAAGGUGGCUUGCUGUGCUGUAUUUUAAACAUGGAAUUGACCGUUACUGGAGACGUGUAGCACCUCACGCUCUCUCAGAAGAGGAGAAAUCUACAUUGCGUGCAGGGCUCAUCACCAACUUCAAUGAGCCAAUAAACCAGAUUGCAACUCAGAUUGCCGUGCUAAUUGCAAAAGUGGCUAGAUUGGAUUGUCCUAGACAGUGGCCUGAACUCAUUCCCACUCUUAUAGAAUCUGUGAAAGUUCAAGAUGAUCUUCGACAGCACAGAGCGUUACUUACCUUCUAUCAUGUUACUAAGACACUGGCAUCCAAACGUCUAGCUGCUGAUAGAAAACUGUUUUAUGAUUUAGCUUCUGGAAUUUAUACUUUUGCCUGUUCUCUGUGGAAUCACCAUAUGGACACAUUCCUGCAACAGGUUUCUUCUGGCAAUGAAGUUGCAGUUCUUAGUUCACUAGAACGAACUCUACUGUCAUUAAAAGUGCUGCGUAAGCUAACUGUAAAUGGAUUUGUGGAACCUCAUAAGAAUAUGGAGGUAAUGGGUUUUUUACAUGGAAUAUUUGAACGUCUAAAACAGUUUCUGGAAUGUAGUAGAAAUAUAGGUACAGAUAAUGUAUGUAGAGACAGAUUGGAGAAAACCAUCAUUCUUUUUACUAAAGUGCUUUUGGACUUCUUGGAUCAACAUCCUUUUUCAUUUACACCUCUAAUUCAGAGAUCACUGGAAUUUUCUGUAAGCUAUGUUUUUACUGAAGUUGGUGAAGGCGUUACGUUUGAACGAUUCAUUGUCCAGUGCAUGAAUCUUAUUAAGAUGAUUGUCAAAAAUUAUGCUUAUAAGCCUUCCAAAAAUUUUGAAGAUAGCAGCCCUGAAACUCUUGAAGCCCAUAAGAUUAAGAUGUCAUUUUUUACGUAUCCCACUUUAAUGGAGAUAUGUAGAAGAUUGGUUUCUCAUUAUUUUUUAUUAACUGAAGAAGAACUGACAAUGUGGGAAGAAGAUCCAGAAGGCUUUACAGUGGAAGAAACAGGUGGAGAUUCUUGGAAAUAUAGUUUGAGACCUUGCACUGAAGUACUAUUUAUAGAUAUAUUCCAUGAAUAUAAUCAAACUCUGACUCCUGUACUUCUGGAAAUGAUGCAAACUCUUCAAGGGCCCACCAAUGUGGAAGAUAUGAAUGCACUGUUAAUCAAAGAUGCUGUGUAUAAUGCCGUUGGAUUAGCUGCUUAUGAGCUGUUUGAUAGUGUUGAUUUUGAUCAGUGGUUUAAAAACCAACUUCUUCCAGAAUUACAAGUCAUUCACAAUAGGUAUAAGCCAUUGAGACGCAGGGUGAUUUGGCUGAUUGGUCAGUGGAUUUCUGUAAAAUUCAAAUCUGAUUUAAGACCCAUGCUAUAUGAAGCAAUUUGUAACUUACUUCAAGAUCAAGAUUUAGUGGUCCGAAUAGAAACGGCUACAACUCUGAAGUUGACUGUUGAUGAUUUUGAAUUUAGAACAGAUCAAUUUCUACCAUAUUUGGAGACCAUGUUCACACUACUUUUUCAGUUGCUGCAGCAAGUUACAGAAUGUGACACAAAGAUGCACGUUUUACAUGUCCUUUCUUGUGUGAUUGAAAGAGUCAACAUGCAGAUACGGCCAUAUGUAGGAUGUUUGGUACAGUAUUUGCCUCUUCUUUGGAAGCAGAGUGAAGAACACAAUAUGCUGAGAUGUGCUAUUCUGACAACACUUAUUCACCUUGUUCAGGGAUUAGGAGCAGACAGCAAGAACCUGUACCCUUUCCUGCUCCCAGUUAUCCAACUGAGUACUGAUGUUUCCCAGCCUCCACAUGUCUAUCUUCUGGAAGAUGGUUUAGAAUUAUGGUUAGUAACAUUGGAAAACAGUCCAUGUAUUACACCAGAGUUGCUUCGUGUAUUUCAGAAUAUGUCACCACUACUUGAGCUAAGUUCAGAAAAUCUCAGAACCUGCUUUAAGAUUAUCAAUGGUUAUAUUUUUUUAUCAUCCACAGAAUUUUUACAGACAUAUGCCAUAGGUCUUUGUCAGUCCUUUUGUGAGCUAUUAAAGGAAAUUACUACAGAAGGUCAAGUUCAAGUGCUCAAGGUUGUGGAAAAUGCCCUUAAAGUGAACCCAGUAUUAGGCCCACAAAUGUUUCAGCCAAUUUUACCCUAUGUUUUCAGAGGUAUCAUAGAAGGAGAGAGGUAUCCUGUAGUCAUGUCCACAUAUCUUGGAGUUAUGGGUCGAGUUCUACUUCAGAAUGCUAGUUUCUUUUCUUCACUGCUUAAUGAGAUGGCACGUAAAUUUAACCAGGAGAUGGACCGGCUUUUGGGAAACAUGAUUGAAAUGUGGGUUGAUAGACUGGACAACAUUACCCAGCCUGAAAGAAGAAAGCUUUCAGCUUUGGCUUUGCUUUCACUUCUGCCAUCUGAUAAUAGUGUUAUCCAAGAUAAAUUCUGUGGGAUCAUAAAUAUCUCCGUGGAGGGCCUUCAUGAUGUCAUGACAGAAGACCCUGAGACAGGAACGUAUAAAGACUGUAUGUUGAUGUCUCAUCUUGAGGAACCAAAAAUAACAGAAGAUGAAGAACCACCAACAGAACAAGAUAAGAGGAAAAAGAUGCUGGCCCUGAAGGACCCUGUGCACACAGUGUCACUGCAGCAGUUCAUCUACGAGAAACUCAAGGCACAGCAGGAGGUCCUGGGAGAACAAGGCUUCCAGUCUCUCAUGGAAACAGUGGACACAGAGAUUGUCACCCAGCUGCAAGAGUUUUUGCAAGGAUUCUAAGAGCACAUGCCACAUGACCAUCAACUUUCUGAGACAAGCUGAAUAACCCAAUCUGUCAACUGUUUGUGCAAGCCUGCUGAAAUGAAAGGUCACUUAUGUAUGAAGAUGAAACAGAGACACACACUUUUUUUUUUACUAUAAAAUAUAAAGAUAAAAAUGUAAAUUCCAUAUAACUAAAAUCACAGACCUAUUCCUCAGAAGAAUUUAAUUUUAUAUUUAUAAAGGGGCCCUGUGUUUAGUAGAGGUGUAGUAAUUGACAGUAGCUACUUAAUUUCCUGUUAAGAGAAGGUACUUCGAUUAUCUUUUAAUCAUGUACUCUGGAAAAGAUGAAGGUUAAUGUCUGAGAUGUUUUUCUGUAACCAAAUUUAGUUAAAAUUGGCUGCUUUGUCUUUUCUUCAGCUGAUGAAACAAGUUGAAAAAUGGACAAAGCUGUUUAGAUGAUUCCAUUAAAGAAAUGCGUGCACCAGGCAAAAAUAUAUAAAUAGUGACAAAUAUACAUUCCCAAGAUUAUCUUGCAACGGAGUUGUGUUCAUCCUGACAGAGAAAACAUAUUUUAUUAGACAAAUUUAUUUUCAUUCUAGUAAUCUGGCAUUUUUUUCUUGUUUUAUAUUCAGUAAAGACAUUUAGUCCGUAAGUAUACAUUAUAAGGCCACAAACCUGUAGUACCAGGUGAGAGACCUAUGUCCUUUUCGUGUUUAUUCCUAAAAGCCAGAAGCCCUGUGAGUACUGCGCUUCUCCCAGUGCCCUGUGCUGUGUCAGUCCACAUGCUGUAGUGGCUGUUCAGCACUUGUCCACCUCAGGUCCCUCAAUUAGCGAUGCAUCAGGGCCUCAGAAGACUGGCAGCAGUCCCCAGGUUGCCAACACUGGUAUAACUAGUCUUCCUUCCUUAUUCCUCCAUCAAGCAGUACAUAAAAUGGGGAAAAGGACAAAAUAAAGCCUUACUUUGUUGUAUUUGCCAUUUAUUGUAAGGAAUCUUUAAAGCAUUUUUUUAGAAAAUACAAGCAAGGUUGGAAACUAUCUUAUCUUUCUAUAGAAAGUUGGGUACAAUAUGUAACUGAGAAACCCACUGUCCCUUUGUAAGCUGUAGAACUCAAAAUGUCUGGGAAUAUUUGAUGUUUUCAGCAAGGAAAGAAAAUAUGGUCCAAAUUAAAUUUUCCAAAGAUACUUCACCUUGGACUGAUUUGUAUGAUUAUGUUUUUUGCCUCAAUCAAAAAGAAAAUCAUAAAAAUUGCCAGUGAAUUAUAGGGGGAGAUUUUCUUCUAUACAGUGGACCAUCAGGUUCCACCCAACCUGAUGUAUGAGCAAGUUGGGUUAUGACUGGAAUUUUAGUUUUCACUUAUGAGCAAAAUCUUGAGUUACAACCCGAAUGCCAGCUGCUUAUGCUUCCAUAUGGUUUCAGAUACAGAAUUAACCCUUAAAGAGUUCUGUAAAAUGCUUUAAAAAUUUAUGUAUCUUGAAUUUUUUUGUGCUCAAGAUAUACAGUGUUGUUGAUAGAACUCUGUUCAUGAGUACAACUUUACAGCAAAUACAUUGUGUCUUGGUCACACAGUUCAGCCUGUUGUGGCUCCUAUUCAAGGUUUCCAUUGAAUGAAUAUAUUUCUAUUUGAUUGAUUUUAUAUUUAAGAGUUUGUGCCCACCUCUGACCAGAGCCCCUAUGACCAACAGUAACAUUUUGAAGUUUUAUCAUAAAUUGAACUCUCGAGUAUUUUUAGAGAAAAACAUCAUUACAUGCUAAAAUACUUCUAUAAUUAUUCUUGAAAAAUCUUCCCUUUUUGAUCUUUAUUCGUUUAUCCAACUAGUAUCUGUUGAGUUCUUGGUUUUGCCUUAAUGCUUUCUACUUGCCUUCGGAGGUAGGGCAGGGUACCUACUUUCAUGAAGUUGUACAGUUCAGGAGUCACACAAACUUGCCAACAAGCCAUAAGAAAAUGGAAUUUCUGAUGGAAGUGCAGGGUGCUGGGGAAGGAGACUGUGUACAAAAGAAACUGGUGCCAUCACUGGCUUAUUUAGGAGCCAUUUAAAGCUUGCUCUCAAAAGGCAUAAUUUGGUAAGGUUAUUUAAAAGUAAAUGGCACUGUACUCAAACUGGGAGCUCCAUAGUCAACAGUUACUUGAAAUCACUAACAUACAAAGUCAUC